AUGCCACGCUCACCCGUGCACGUCCUGCUGCUGCUUCUGCUGCUGCCACCGCCAGCCCCGGGCCUCGCGCUCCGCGGCGCGGGCGGCCGGAGCCCCGAGUGCGGUCCGUGCCGGCCGGAGCGCUGCCCCGAGCCCGCGCGCUGCCCCGCGCCCAGCAUCCCGGCGCGCGACGAGUGCGGCUGCUGCGCGCGCUGCCUGGGCGCCGAGGGCGCCAGCUGCGGGGGCCGGGCCGGCGCGCGCUGCGGCCCCGGGCUGGUGUGCGCGAGCCGCGCCGCGGGGGCCGCGCCCGAGGGCACUGGGCUCUGCGUGUGCGCGCAGCGCGGCGCCGUCUGCGGCUCCGACGGCCGCUCGUACCCCAGCGUUUGCGCGCUGCGCCUGCGCGCCCGGCAGGCGCCCCGCGCGCACCCCGGCCACCUGCACAAGGCGCGGGACGGCCCCUGCGAAUUUGCUCCUGUGGUCAUCACUCCACCCCAGAGUGUUCACAACGUCACCGGGGCACAGGUGUACCUGUCCUGUGAGGUGAGGGCUGUGCCUACCCCAGUCGUCACGUGGAGGAAGGUCACACGGUCGCCUGAGGGCACCCAGGUGCUGGAGGACCUGCCUGGGGAUCACAUCAAUAUAGCUGUCCAGGUGCAAGGCGGCCCUUCUGACCAUGCAGCCAUGGCCUGGGUUUUGAUCAACCCUCUGAGGAAGGAAGACGAGGGGCUGUACCAGUGCCAUUCAGCCAACACGGUGGGGGAGGCCCAGUCGCACGGCACAGUGACGGUGGUAGAUCGGAGUCAGUACAGAGCCCUCCGCUUCCCGGCUCCAGAUGGCCACAUGUGA